AUGUUGCCUCCCAUCCCAGCCCUCGCCGACUAUGGCAUCUCUCCUACUCAUGGGUUUCUCCCCGAUGUCCUACCUUUGACUCGCCUGCCGGAUCCUUACUAUAACAAGUGGGAAGCCAUCGCUGCCAACCUCACGGCUCUCAUCCUUAGCCGCAGGUUGCGUGGUGUCAUCGACAGGUUGCCAGUCCUCUCCACCAUCGGCCUUGAGCACGAUGCCGAGUGGCGACGAGCCUAUUCGCUCCUCGGUUUCAUGGCCCACGGUUACAUCUGGGGAGGCGAUUCUCCAGCUGACCGUCUUCCGCCGUCCAUCUCAGUGCCUCUCCUCGAGAUUUCAGAACACCUAGAAGUUCCUCCUGUUGCGACAUAUGCUGCCGUCUGUCUGUGGAACUUUAAGCCUCUCUUCGUUGACGAGGACAUUGACAACCUCGAGAACCUCGCCACACUCACCACAUUUACCGGCGGACUCGAUGAAUCAUGGUUUUACCUCGUUUCGGUCGCCAUUGAGGCCCGCGGUGCCCCAAUUAUCCCUCUAAUGUUAACGGCCAUUGCGGCUGCCCGACACGGCGACGCGGCUGCUGUGACCCGUUGUCUGCGCACAUUUGCAGAGCGCCUGACGGAUUUGACAACCAUUCUCCAGAGGAUGCACGAGAGCUGCGACCCUACCAUCUUCUACCACAGAAUUCGGCCUUUCCUGGCUGGUAGCAAGAAUAUGGCCGAGGCUGGACUACCCCACGGCGUCAUCUAUGAGACUGGUUCCGGAAACGAGACAUACCAACAAUACAGCGGUGGCAGCAACGCUCAGAGCAGUUUGAUCCAAUUCUUCGACAUCAUUCUUGGUAUCGAGCACCGCCCUACCGGCGAGUCCCGUGAUCCCUCUUCCGACACUGACCGUGGCCGCUCUUCUCACCGACACAACUUCAUCAUGGAGAUGAGAAAAUACAUGCCCGGCCCUCACGCACAGUUCCUCAACGACGUGUCCCUAGUGGCCAACAUCCGCGAGUUUGUCGAGGAGAACCAGUCCGAUCUCCAGUUGUGCCUCGCAUAUGAUGCCUGCCUGGCAAUGCUCAGCGCAUUCCGCGACAAGCACAUCGCCAUCGUCACGCGUUACAUCAUCAACCCCUCCAAGCAAGUCCGCGCCCGAAGCCGGUCACGAAGUCCCGAGGCCACUCGGCAGAAACUCAACCUCGCCAUCGCAUCGCGCAAGAACCAGCAGAACCAAAAGGGAACUGGCGGCACUGCUCUGAUUCCCUUUUUGAAGCAGGCAAGGGAUGAGACAGGAGAGCCUGCAGUCGAGGAGUGGACGAGGCGGUUCAUGAAGAGGAAGCUUCAGACAGAGGGCAAGAAUGAUUUCUUCUUGGGCAAGACACCCCAGGGACACCUGAGCCUGGAGAAGGAGGAUGUGGAAGUCAAGGGUCUUGCUGGAUCAUGGACCAUGGACGAUAAUGUCGGCGGCAUUUGUCUUUACUAG